UGUUCCGGAAACACAUGAAGAAAAACACUGAACUCCACCACAUGUGGAACCAGAAGCUGCUGAAAGCGGAUUAAUAACAGAAAUAUUAACAGUUUAUUCCUUCAUGUCUGUCCGCUGAGGGCUUACAUCUGUAGUUUUCUGUUGGGAGUUUGGUUCAGGAAACAUGGAGGACGUGAAUGUUAUCAAGCUGCCGUCGACGGAGGAGAGAAAAACGGCCAAGAAACGGACCCGAGCACCGAAGUUUAACCCGAAGGAGGAGGAGGAGAAACGGCGGAGAAACGUGCAGUGUGUGUCGGUGCUGGGAGAGGAAGACAGCUCGGUGAAGCUGCUGGAGGAGCUGGUGUUCGGGGCGGAGGAACAGCUGCUGGACAGACUCGGCGAGCAGGAGGAUGCGGCGGAGCAGACUGGAAGCUUAUUGGUGGAGGACGGAGACCAUGAGUCGGGGGAAUCGGAGGCUGAGGACGCGGCUUGCCUGCAGCGCCGGCCAAUCAGAGCAGCCGCCUGGGUGGACGAGGAUGACAAUCUGGAGGAAGAGGUGGACAUGAAGCACCGUUACCGUAGAGACCUGAUCAGAGGAGACGCCGAGUCCACCAUGACCAAAGAGAAGCUACAGCAGAGGAUGAGAGAGCAGUUUCAGAAGGCGAUGGGAGGAACUCCAUCGUGGGCAGAGAGCAGCGUGAAGAAGAAAGCAGCCGAUGAUGAUGAUGAUGAUGAAGAGGAUGAGGAUGAAGAGCUGCUGAGGAGGACAGGAAACUUUGUGGGGUCUUCAGACAGUCUGCCCAGCGGCAUCCUGAGGAUGAAGAAAUGUCUCCAUGCCAACAGCGCGCGUCCAUCGGAGGACAGACUGACCACCGUCCAGUUUCACCCCUCCGCUCAGGUCGUCAUGACAGCCGGCCUCGACCAAUCGGUGUCCCUCUUCCAGGUGGAUGGGAAGACCAACCCUAAGAUCCAGAGCAUCCACCUGGAGCGGUUCCCGGUGCACCGAGCCCAGUUCAGCGUUGACGGGGAGACGGUGAUCGCCACCAGCCUGAAGAACAAGAUGUUCUACGUCUACGACAUGAUGGAGGGCCGCGUCACGCCUGUGCACACCGUCAGAGGGCUGAAUGAAGCCAGGGUGAAGGAGUUCUCUGUUUGUCCUGAAGGAGGCACUCUGCUGCUCACCGGGACCAACGGAUACCUGCACCUCCUCACACUCAAGACUAAGGAGGUGGUCAGCAGUCUGAAGAUAAACGGUGAUGUCAGCGGAGUCGCCUUCUCUCCUGACGGCAGCAAAGUGUUCGCCAACUCUGAGGACGGUGAGGUCUAUGUGUGGGACCUGCGUUCCAGCCGCUGUGUGAACAGGUUUCCAGACGACGGCUGUGUGAAGGGAACGUCCAUCGCCGCCUCGCGGAACGGACAGUAUCUCGCCUGCGGCUCGGAGUCGGGCGUGGUCAACAUCUACUCCCAGGAGUCGUGUCUUAACUCGGCCAAUCCCAGGCCUCUGAGAGCGGUGAUGAACCUGCUGACCUCGGCCACCGCUCUGACCUUUAACCCCUCCUCUGAGAUCCUCGCCAUCGCGUCCCGGGCCGACGACGAGGCCGUACGCCUGGUCCACCUGCCGAGUCUCUCCGUCUUCUCCAACUUCCCCGUCUCCAAGAGGAAGAUUGUUUAUCGGGCCAGCUGCCUGGACUUCUCCCCGCACAGUGGCUUCUUCUCAUUGGCCAACAACAAAGGACACGCCCCUCUCUUCAGGUUGCUGCAUUACAAAGACUUCUGAGGAGGGUGGAUCAUGAGGAGUGUCAGGUCCGACCAGUCCUCUGUGGUUUUUUUCUCCCGUUUUUAUUCCCCGUCAACGCUGCCCACUUCCAUCGCGUCUGGAUCCUCACACGUCACCUCUUUGAACGCAGCGGGGGUGGGAUAUUCCCACCUGUUGCUUCAAGAAAUAAUAAACGUCUACUGAGGGACGAUGUGUCACAAGGUUGAAGGGAUUUGUAGUUCUUGUGGCUAAAACGUGAAAAAAUCUGUGUGGAGUUUGGCUCAGAUGGCACAGAGAGGUGGUUUGUAGAAACUUGUGGAAAGUUGUGAUGAUUUGUUAUUAUCUGUAUUAAGUGAUUGUAUAAAAAGAACUUAAACACUUUAA